AUGGUUCUUGCAGUGGUGAUUUUCGACUUCGAUCGAACCAUUAUCGACGACGACAGUGACAGAUGGGUCAUCAACCAAACCGGUCUCACCGACCUUUUCAACCAACUCCGAACCACCCUUCCAUGGACCUCUCUCAUGGACACAAUCAUGCAACACCUCCACUCCAAAGGAAUCACCAUCAAUGACAUCGCACAGUGUCUCAAAACCGCUUUCUUGCAUCCAAACAUCGUUUCCGCCAUCAAAUCUGCACAAUCUCUAGGAUGUGAUUUGAGGAUUGUUAGUGAUGCUAAUUUGUUCUAUAUUCAGACUAUUCUUGAACACCAUGAUAUUUUAGGGUGUUUUUCGGAAAUUUAUACGAAUCCGACAUUUGUUGAUGAAAAGGGUUGUCUUCAUGUUACUCCUUUUCAUGAUUCAUUGUCAUUGCCUCCUCAUGAUUGUCAUCUUUGCCCUCCCAAUAUGUGCAAGGGUUUGGUAAUAGACAGAAUCCGCGGUUCAUUAGCUGAAAGCGAAACAAGAUUCAUCUACCUUGGAGAUGGGACAGGUGAUUAUUGCCCGACUUUGAAGCUUGGGGAAAAUGAUUUUGUGAUGCCUAGGAAGAAUUAUCCCUUAUGGAACAGGAUUUGCAGUGACCCGAAACUAGUUCAUGCAAAAGUUCAUGAUUGGAGCAACGGGGAGGAGUUGGAGAACAUAUUACUCAACCUUGUCAACAAAAUAGUCACAUAG